AUGAAUCUCUUAGCGUGGAACUGCCGGGGGCUUAGGAACUACCGAGCAGUUGGAGAGCUUGUCGAUAUAGUGCAAGCGCAAGGUCCCACGAUUGUAUUUUUGUCGGAAACAUGGUCUAAUCGAGAUCAUAUGGAAUGGGUUCGUCGUCAGUUGAAGUUUGAUGGAUGUUUCGUUGUUCCUAGUAAUGGUAGAGGAGGGGGUUUGGCUUUAUUAUGGAAGGAUGAGGAUGUAGUUUGGGUCGAUAGCUUCUCGAACUAUCACAUAGACACUAUUAUGCAUGGGGGCUCGGAGAGGGCAUGGCGUCUAACGGGUUUUUAUGGUGAACUCGAAACUAGUAGGAGGGGAGAUGUGUGGAGUAUGUUACGCAUGUUAAGCUCCAAACCAGCCCUCCCAUGGUGCUGCAUGGGCAAUUUUAACGAAUUUUUGGAAGUGGAAGAUAAGCGUGGAGGUGCCCCACGGUCACACAAUCUCAUGCAGGCUUUUCGUGAAGUGCUUGAUUAUUGCAAGUUUGUCAACUUGGGAUAUUCAGGACCAGACUUUACGUGGCAUGGGAAACAAAGGGGAGAGUUGGUGUGGGAGCGCUUAGAAAAAGGAGUUGCAAAUUAUGAUUGGCUGAACCGGUUUCCCGCUGGUAGAGUAAAGCAUCUUCAUUGUUUUACUUUGGACCAUAGACCAAUUUUGUUAGCACUAGAUUCGAAUGGUGAGAGCCAAAAAUGGAAUCGUAAACCCUUUAGAUUUGAAGCGAUGUGGACGUCCGACCCAGGAUGUAGCAACACUAUUUCAAGAGCUUGGACUCGCCAAGCUGAUGGUACACCCAUACAUAGAGCAGUUACAAAGCUGAAAUGGUGUAAAAAGAGUUUGAAGAAAUGGAGCAAACAACAUUUUGGCAAUGUAAAAAAAUCAAAUAAAGAAGAUAGAGGAGCUAUUGUGGAAGGUUGA